GUCCAUCACUCAGCCCACAGUUCUAUUCACAGUACGUUCUAUCCUUUCGAGAUGGGUCCGUCUGCGAGAACAUCGCAGUCAUUUUUCUCUUCAGCAAGUUGGGUUUGCUGGUCAUGUCGGACAACGCAAAUACCACGGACGCGGUGGAUGUCAUGGCGAGUGCCGAGAAGAGAUCUCACCACCAUUCAGAAGGUCAACCGGGAGGAUAUGCCAGCAUCAAUGGCACAAUUUCAGGCGGAGUAUAAGAAGAAAAAUCAGACAUUGCUAUAUUACAGUCUUAGCCUCAUAAUUGGGACGGUUGCACUUUCGUACGGAUCCGUGCCGCUAUAUAAGACAAUAUGCCAACAAAUGGGUUGGGGCGGCCAGCCGAUCAAAUCCACAGGUCACGGCGCUGGCGACUCCGAAGAUCCCUCCGCUCGCCUCACACCCGUUACAACCGCCCCGCGCAUUCGCAUCACAUUCAACUCUCAAGUGUCAUCGAUCUUGCCCUGGAAAUUUACUCCCCAGCAGCGUGAAGUGCGGGUUCUACCUGGCGAGACCGCACUGGCGUUCUAUACGGCGACAAAUACGUCGAAAGAUGACAUCAUUGGAGUGGCGACGUACAGCGUUGCUCCAGGUCAGGUGGCGCCGUAUUUCAGCAAAAUACAGUGUUUCUGCUUUGAAGAGCAGAGGUUAAACGCUGGGGAGACAGUGGAUAUGCCAGUGUUCUUUUACAUUGAUCCAGCGUUUGUAGACGACCCGAAUAUGAAAGGAAUAGAGACGGUAACUUUGAACUACACAUUUUUCAAAGCAAAGUAUGACAAAGACGGGCAUCUGAAACCCGUCCCCAUGGCUGGCUUUACUUGAACGGGGGAGGAUGAUAAAAUGUGACUCUCUGCUAUGACACUACAGCCUUCUGUCAAUAGCUGGAUUGGGCCAGAAAAUGCCUUUUAUCACCCCAUAUAUAAGAAAAUUCUCGCUAUCUCAUGAUAUUUUGGGAAAGUUCAGUCAGACAACCAGCUGAUCGUACCUAUCAAAGAAUGAACGCUUGAUACACCGUCUGAAGAGGCGGUAUUAGAUUUGAUCGUAAUUAGCUACGGGAGUGCAUUCAGCUAAAGAGUGGCAAGGAAGAAGAGUAUUUGAAAUGACGAACAAUCACAACUCUCGUGCGAGACAAAAAAUUCAACUUUCGCGGUCCAUAUUUAGGAGACAAUGCACACAUCUAUAUCAUUAUAACAUCAGAAUCACAUUGCUUUCGACAUUCGUAC